UUACGCACAGUAUCCCGCGGACAACACUCGCGCACGCAACGCAGGGAGUCGCUCAUCUCCUUCUCUUCUCCUCUCUUUCUCUCUCUUUCUCUGCCCCCUGGUACACGCGUUGUGCUUCUUCAGUCACAGUAUAUCCGCGGUAGACGAUCACGAGUGAUCGCGACCUCAUCCGCGGGUCAUCCUCUCGAGAUCUGGUGAUCCUGCUGGAUAGUUUGCUGGAGACUUUGCAGAGCUCGACUUCGAAAAUCGGAGCGCUCACCGCGGGAAACGUUGAUCAGCUGAGGAUCCAUCGAUCGUUGAGGAUCUCUGUCAGUGGAUCAUCGACAUCGGGAACGAUACGAUACAGCUACUCCGGUGGCGAGCGCGAAACUACAUCCCGCGCGCUCAUCAAGAGUGCUCAGGAGAAGUGCAGUGUGUAAAAACGAAUCAAACUCAUUCCGCUCAUCGGCGACAAAGUGACGCCAAACUGUCUUGCAUCGGUUUGCUCAUGAUUAUCUCGAAAGAGCCGAUGACUUCCACAUGAGAUUCCAUCGUCGGAUUUAAUAAGGUCCUGUGUUAUGUCUCACUAUCAUUUUCGCAUUUGAGACGACAUUGGUCGACAAUCAGCUGGAGUGAGUGCACGAACAGAGAACACUGAGAUUAUCAUUGGUCUUUACAAACAUGACAGAGGCAUCGCGUGAUCCUGAAGUAACUGAUUCAGAAAAUCCCGACAACGGUAGGACAGCAUUAAAUCUGACAUGUUCAACGACCAGCAAAAGCAAGCCUCUUCCUGAUCGUGGAACAUGGAGCACCAAGCUGGAUUUUAUUCUUAGUGUGGUCGGUCUGGCAAUCGGUCUUGGCAAUGUAUGGCGAUUUCCGUAUCUCUGCUAUAAAAAUGGCGGCGGUGCUUUUCUAAUCCCUUACUUCUUGACACUGUUCCUCGCCGGUAUACCUAUGUUCUUCAUGGAGUUAGCUCUUGGACAGAUGCUCACGAUAGGCGGCCUCGGGGUUUUCAAAAUAGCACCGCUCUUCAAAGGUAUCGGUUAUGCAGCCGCCGUUAUGUCCUGCUGGAUGAAUGUUUAUUACAUUGUUAUCCUAGCUUGGGCCAUUUUCUACUUCUUCAUGUCGAUGCGCAGUGAGUUACCUUGGGGCAGUUGCAAUAACUACUGGAACACCAAGAAUUGCGUGAAUCCUUACGAUAGAAGCUCGCUGUUUUGCUGGUCCGAAAGCUCCUCAGCCAGGAACGGUAGCAUUGUCAAAAUGUGCACGGUCAAUCACAUAAAUGUGACGAUGACGGAGCUUACGGAUCCUGUAAAGGAAUUCUGGGAACGUCGAGCGUUGCAAAUCAGCGAGGGUAUCGAAUAUAUGGGCAAUAUUCGAUGGGAAUUGGCGGGUACAUUAUUGGUAGUAUGGGUAAUCUGCUACUUUUGCAUCUGGAAGGGCGUUAAGUGGACUGGCAAAGUCGUCUAUUUCACUUCUCUCUUCCCAUAUGUGUUGCUUACUGUCCUUCUAAUUCGUGGCAUUACACUACCCGGCGCCAUGGAAGGCAUUCGAUUUUAUAUCAGUCCAAACUUGUCUAAGCUUCGAGAAUCUGAGGUAUGGAUCGACGCAGUGACGCAGAUCUUUUUCUCGUAUGGUCUUGGACUCGGCACUCUGGUAGCCCUCGGCAGUUAUAAUAAAUUUACUAACAAUGUCUACAAGGACGCAUUGAUCGUCUGUUCGGUCAACUCAUCCACUAGCAUGUUUGCUGGCUUCGUGAUAUUCUCGGUGGUAGGCUUUAUGGCGCAUGAACAACAGAAACCGGUCGCCGAAGUAGCCGCUUCCGGACCGGGCCUAGCUUUCCUCGCUUAUCCAUCGGCGGUUCUCCAACUACCAGGCGCGCCACUUUGGUCGUGCCUGUUCUUCUUCAUGUUGCUGCUUAUCGGACUUGAUUCCCAAUUUUGCACAAUGGAAGGCUUCGUCACAGCUAUGGUGGACGAGUGGCCUUUGCUGUUGCGUCGUCGUAAGGAGCUUUUUAUUGCCCUCGUGUGCGCUUUGUCCUAUCUCACCGGGUUGACGUGUAUCUCUCAAGGUGGCAUGUAUGUUUUCCAAAUCCUCGAUUCGUACGCUGUCUCUGGUUUCUGCCUGCUCUUCCUUAUCUUCUUCGAAUGUAUAUCAAUCAGCUGGGCAUUUGGAGUAAAUCGAUUCUAUGAUGGCCUGCGUGAUAUGAUUGGAUAUUAUCCUCUCAUGUGGUGGAAAUUUUGCUGGACAAUAACUACGCCGUUGAUUUGCGUUGGUGUGUUCGUCUUCAAUCUAAUUCAGUGGACACCUAUAAAAUAUCUAGACUAUGAAUAUCCUUGGUGGUCGCAUGUAUUAGGUUGGCUUACAGCGUUAUCCUCUAUGCUUUGUAUACCCGGAUACAUGGUUUAUGCGUGGAUGACUACCCCAGGCGAUAAUAGAACAAAAUACAAAUUACUAGUCCAGAUAGAGGAUAAUGUCGCAACUUUGCGAACGAAGAUGGGCCAACCACCAGUCGAGCUGACACCUCUAUAAUUUCCAUUUUGAUUGGCAACAAGCUCGCCUAGGAUAAUGUAGCCGUUUACUGCAUCCUAUAAAGAGAGAGUAGGUGAAUUAUAAGAAUUAAAAAAAGAAUUUAUUCUGUAAAACAAUAAAUUCUUAAUCUUGGAAAUAGAGGGA